CAGAUAUCUCCUCUGCUGUUGGGAAUAAAGGUCAAAGUUUUGUUUUCACGUGAUAGAUGUGGAGGUUUGCAGGUUUUGUGCUCUGGCUUAUUCCAUGUGUGAGCUACAAGGCUGAUCAUCCUGCAAUCAUGAGUGCACGUGGGAGAGCUGCUCUCUGCCUUCUUUUCCUGCUCAGUCUGAACCAAACUCUGCUGUGUGUGACAGCAGGGAAAAUCCUCGUCUGGCCUUCGGAAUUCAGUCACUGGCUUAACAUGAAAAUCAUCAUCGAUGAGCUUAUAACGAGAGGACACAGUGUGACCAUCGUUACUCACAGUGCUACACCAUCUGUAAUGACAGAGCAGUCUCCGGGCUACAAUGUGGAGAUCAUACAGGUGCCUCACAGCAAGAAGGACGUUAUUGACAUCUUGGACAGGCUUUUAAACUAUUGGAUGUAUGGCCUGCCAAAUACCAACAUGAUCCAGGGUUUUCUGAAGCUCUCUGAAAUUAUUGACAAUAUGUUGGAGCAGAAUCAAGUACUAUGCAGAGCGCUUUUUGCACGUGAAGAUCUGCUGGAGAAGUGGAGAAAGGAAAAGUUUGAUGUUCUUCUGACAGAUCCUGUGACUGUAUGUGGGGAACUGUUAGCACAGAAGCUCAACCUGCCAUUCAUCAACAGUCUGAGGUUCAGUUUUGCAAGUGUUAUUGAGCGACUCUGUGGUCAGCUUCCAGCACCACCAUCAUAUGUGCCAGCUGUUGGCUUGGGCUACACGGAUCACAUGGAUUUCCCACAGAGAGUGAAAAAUAUAUUGUUUAUUGUCUUUCAAGAUAUGUUGUUUAAUUUAAUGGCCAAGUUGAAAUGGGAUCACCUCGCCACAGAAGUCAUGGGCAAACCCACAACACUCUGUGAAACUAUUGGCAAAGCUGACAUCUGGUUAAUCCGCACGUAUUGGGACUUUGAAUAUCCACGGCCACUCCUCCCAAACUUUAAAUCUGUGGGCGGCUUACAUUGCAAGCCUGCAAAACCUCUACCAAAAGACAUGGAGGACUUCAUGCAGAGCUCGGGAGAUGACGGUAUUGUAGUGUUUUCAAUGGGUUCCAUGAUUAAAAACCUCACCAAAGAGAGAGCGAACACCAUCGCUUCAGCGCUCGGCCAGAUUCCCCAAAAGGUCUUGUGGCGAUACACAGGCGAGAAACCAGAAGCUCUUGCUUCUAAUACUAGACUCUAUGACUGGAUUCCCCAGAAUGAUUUACUAGGACAUCCUAAAACCAAGGCCUUCAUCACCCAUGGUGGGAUUAAUGGAAUAUAUGAAGCGAUUUAUCAUGGAGUUCCCAUGGUGGGCCUGCCGCUGUUUGCAGAUCAGCCUGACAAUGUAAAUCACAUGAAAACCAAAGGAGCUGCUGUUAUGCUUGACUUUAACAAAAUAGAGACCAACGACUUGAAGCAAGCGGUCGAUGAUGUCAUUAACAAUCCAUCCUACAAGGAGAGCAUGAUGAGACUAUCUCGAAUCCACCAUGAUCAACCAGUGAAGCCGCUAGACCAAGCUGUCUUCUGGAUUGAGUUUGUGAUGCGCAAUAAGGGGACCAAGCACCUGAGGGUUGAAGCCCAUAACCUCACGUGGUAUCAGUACCACUGCUUGGACGUGGCAGCCUUUUUGCUUUCUGUAAUCACACUAGUCAUGUUCAUCUUUGUGAAAACAUGUAGUUGGCUCUUCCGUAAAUGUUUCAGAAAGACCCCAGCAAAGAGCAAGAAAGAUGCAAUGUGGAGGUUUGCAGGUUUUGUGCUCUGGCUUAUUCCAUGUGUGAGCUACAAGGCUGAUCAUCCUGCAAUCAUGAGUGCACGUGGGAGAGCUGCUCUCUGCCUUCUGUUCCUGCUCAGUUUGAACCAAACUCUGCUGUGUGUGACAGCAGGGAAAAUCCUCGUCUGGCCUUCGGAAUUCAGUCACUGGCUUAACAUGAAAAUCAUCAUCGAUGAGCUUAUAACGAGAGGACACAGUGUGACCAUCGUUACUCACAGUGCUACACCAUCUGUAAUGACAGAGCAGUCUCCGGGCUACAAUGUGGAGAUCAUACAGGUGCCUCACAGCAAGAAGGACAUUAUUGACAACUUUGACAGGCUUUUAAACUAUUGGAUGUAUGACCUGCCAAAUACCAACACCAUCCAGGCUUUUCUGAAGCUCUCUGAAUUUAUUGACAAUAUAUUCGAGCAGAAUCAAGUACUAUGCAGAGCGCUUUUUGCACGUGAAGAUCUGCUGGAGAAGUGGAGAAAGGAAAAGUUUGAUGUUCUUCUGACAGAUCCUGUGACUAUAUGUGGGGAACUGUUAGCACAGAAGCUCAACCUGCCGUUCAUCAACAGUGUGAGGAUCAGUUUUGGGAGUUUAAUUGAGCGAUUCUGUGGUCAGCUGCCGACACCACCAUCAUAUGUGCCAGCUGUUGGCAUGGGCUACACGGAUCACAUGGAUUUCCCACAGAGAGUGAAAAAUAUAUUGUUUAUUGUCUUUCAAGAUAUGUUCUUUAAUCUAAUGUUCAAGUUGAAAUGGGAUCACCUCUUUACAGAAGUCAUGGGUAAACCCACAACACUCUGUGAAACUAUUGGCAAAGCUGACAUCUGGUUAAUCCGCAUGUAUUGGGACUAUGAAUAUCCACGGCCACUCCUCCCAAACUUCAAAUUUGUGGGUGGCUUACAUUGCAAGCCUGCAAAACCUCUACCAAAAGACAUGGAGGACUUCGUGCAGAGCUCGGGAGAUGACGGUAUUGUAGUGUUUUCAAUGGGUUCCAUGGUUAAAAACCUCACCAAAGAGAGAGCGAACACCAUCGCUUCAGCGCUCGGCCAGAUUCCCCAAAAGGUCUUGUGGCGAUACACAGGCGAGAAACCAGAAGCUCUUGCUUCUAAUACUAGACUCUAUGACUGGAUUCCCCAGAAUGAUUUACUAGGACAUCCUAAAACCAAGGCCUUCAUCACCCAUGGUGGGAUUAAUGGAAUAUAUGAAGCGAUUUAUCAUGGAGUUCCCAUGGUGGGCCUGCCGCUGUUUGCAGAUCAGCCUGACAAUAUAAAUCACAUGAAAACCAAAGGAGCUGCUGUUAUGCUUGACUUUAACAAAAUAGAGACCAACAACUUGAAGCAAGCGGUCGAUGAUGUCAUUAACAAUCCAUCCUACAAGGAGAGCAUGAUGAGACUAUCUCGAAUCCACCACGAUCAACCAGUGAAGCCGCUAGACCAGGCCGUCUUCUGGAUUGAGUUUGUGAUGCGCAAUAAGGGGGCCAAGCACCUGAGGGUCGAAGCCCAUAACCUCACGUGGUAUCAGUACCACUGCUUGGACGUGGCAGCCUUUUUGCUUUCUGUAAUCGCACUAGUCGUGUUCAUCUUUGUGAAAACAUGUAGUUGGCUCUUCCGUAAAUGUUUCAGAAAGACCCCAGCUAAGAGCAAGAAAGAGUGAAGCAUUCAUAUAUGAAUGUAUUAAUAAGUAUUGUGAUAUUUUGACGUAGAUUUUAGGAAUAACACACACUGUUACAUGGACAUUAUACAUUCCGGAGGUUUUUACUGUUUAUACAGUGCAGCAUAGUACUGUAUGUCCAGAUUUACUUUUAAAUGAUUCCAACACUAUUGAGAACACAGCAAUUAAACAGAUUUUUAUCUGCAUCAUG